AUGCAAGGUGAAAUAAGGCCUAGCAGUGAGACAUUGACCUUGAUUAUUUCAGCUUCUGGGAAAAAUGGUGAUCUUUUUCAGGGCGAAAGAUUGCAUGGUGUUGCUAUUAAAAGUGGACUUUAUGACAAUGUUCUUCAAACUUCAUUGUUGGAUUUUUAUGCAAAGUGUGGGGACAUGGAGGUAGCAGCUCAAAUUUUUGGAGAAAUUCCCUUUAAGAAUAACAUUACUUGGAGUGCUAUGAUAUCACGUCUCGUUGAUGGAGGGCAUUUUGAGGAUGCCAUAGAACUAUUCCGGCAAAUGCGCAACGGAAGUACAGAACCUAUGGCUGAAAUCUUUAAAAGCCUUGUCGUUAUGUAUACCCUUAUGGGCGCGCUGAAACUGGGUAAAGGAAUCCACGCUUACCUUAUCAAGAAUUUACUUUCUAAUUCCCCUGAAGAAGAUACUCCCUUAGAAACCUCUAUCUUAAACAUGUAUGCAAGAUGUGGAAGCUUUUCUUAUGCUAGAAUAUUUUUUGAUAGGAUGGUCAAUAGAGAUCUUGUGACAUGGACGUCGAUGAUUGAGGGCUGUGGAGCCCAUGGGCUAGGUUUUGAGGCCCUGCAACUUUUUCAUCAAAUGGUGGAAGAAGGCAUAGAGCCGAAUAGUGUGACCUUCUUGAGCUUAUUAUCUGCCUGUAGCCACUCUGACAUUCUAAGUAAAGGUUGUGGAGUCUUUUAUGCCAUGAAAUAG